CUCUCUCUCUCUCUCUCUCUCUCGCGUUCUCUCUAUGUUUUCAAUCUAUGACAGUAUGACCCUACCUGGGCUUUACAUUCUUACCCAAAUGUCAUGAGCCACUAGUAAUCACUACCCCACCCAUCAGUUCAAAUCAACUUUUUCUUUGCAUCUCUCUCUCUCUCUCUAUCAUAGUCAUAUGGUUGAUGGUUCUGUCCCCCUGAAAGAAUGAAAUGAAACUCACUUCUAAAAUCACCCAAACAGCUGCCACUCCUGAUCAGACACCUCCAUACCUCAAAACACAAUGUGCUAUUCCUUCUCGCUCUCUACUCUCACCCUUCUUCUUCUUUUCCUCUCACUAGCUUCUCCCAACACUACCAAUGCAAAGAAACAACCCCCCAACAACAUGCUUCCAUCUGAAGCAGAGACUCUUUUCAAGAUCAUGGAAUCCAUGUCUUCUGAUCAAGUUUGGAGAAUCUCCCAUCCCAACCCUUGUCAGCCUGGUUCAUCCUGGCCUGGAAUAGAGUGCAAAUCAGCUCAGGACAACCACCUACAUGUUACUAGGCUUGACUUUGGGACCCCACCAAACCCAACUUGCAAAAACACAGCCACAUUUCCUUCACAAAUACUAGCUCUUCCUUACUUGCAAUCUGCGUUCUUCUUCAACUGUUUCACUCACACCAAAACCACCCUCUCUUUUUCAAAAAUCGGAGAAUCUAAUUCUUCACUCCAACAAAUUAGUCUAAGAUCAAACCCAGCACUCAUAGGUCCAAUCCCACCUCAAAUUUCUUCACUGAAGUCCUUACAAAUCCUCACAUUGUCCCAGAACCGCCUCACUGGGCAAAUCCCAGUUACAAUUUUUAGCGUGAACUCUUUAGUACACCUUGAUUUGAGCUAUAACAUGCUCACAGGUGCUAUACCAUCCCAAGUAGGUAAUCUCAAAAAUCUCGUAGGCCUUGAUUUGAGCUAUAACUCACUAACAGGGUCAAUCCCAGUGACAGUUGGCCAACUGGGUCUGCUUCAAAAGUUGGACUUGAGCUCGAAUUCGCUUACUGGUGCUAUUCCUGAUAGCAUUGAGAAGCUCAACUUGUUGGCGUUUAUGGCUUUGAGCAACAACAAACUGCGUGGACACUUUCCAAGAGGAUUGGCAAAGUUGCAAAGCUUGCAGUACUUCAUUAUGGAUGACAAUCCUAUGAAUGUGCCUCUCCCAGUAGAGUUUGGUGACCUUGUGAAACUACAAGAGCUCAGGCUUGCCAAUUCAGGCUAUUCAGGCACUAUACCACCAAGCUUUUCACAGCUUAUGAAUCUAAGCACUUUGUCUUUGCAAAACAACCGAUUAAGUGGUGAGAUUCCAGCAGGUUUUGGCAGCCUUCCUCGCAUAUACCACUUGAAUCUUAGCAGAAACUUGCUGUCCGGUGUUGUUCCUUUCGAUUCAAGUUUCUUGAAUAGACUGAGAAGGAACUUGGAUCUUAGUGGAAACCCAGGUCUCUGUUUGAGUCCCUCUGUAGCAUAUAGGAUGAAGAUUGGUGUAAGUGUUUGUGGAAGCAACAAGACUAGUGGUUCUGUAAUUCAGCCACUGAAAUCUCAAGCUCCAUCUGGGUUGAUCUCCAUAUCAUUCUUUCUAUUUGUUCCUUGGGGCCUCCUGGGAUUGCAUCAAAUAUUGUUUCCAGGCUCCAGGUUCUGUCAUCAUGUCAUGCAUUGGCGCUCUGAGUGCAUAUUUCGGUAACUGCAAAAGUUCAGCAAAAUUUUGAGGUUUUACUGUUACAGCGUAUUUCUAGGAUCGAACAGACCUCUGUCUGUGUAGCUCUAGUAAGCGCUAUUAUUUUCUGAAUUUUACCAUCUGCUUUUAUAGGCCUUGUCGAUUAUGUUUUAUCUAGUGUGUUUGGCUCGGGAUUA